AUGCACACGCGACUCUGUGCACUUUAUGGCAGUGCCAUGAAGGCGCGAGGCUAUGGUCUCGUCAUCCCCAAUGCGACAGUGAAACAUGUGACACUGCGCACUUUACGGCCGUCUCGAGAGGGCGUGAGGUUGCGUAGCCCGCCGGUCAUAGCAGUGCUGGCGGCACUGGUGUGGAAGGCGAAGGAGUACAUGCAGACCAAGGAGUUCCGCGAUUACCUGACCAGCACACACUUCUGGGGGCCGGUGGUCAACUGGGGCCUUCCGCUGGCCGCCUUCAAUGACAUGAAGGCGUCUCCUGAGAUAAUCAGCGGCCGCAUGACCACAGCGCUUAUUUUCUACUCACUGGCCUUCAUGCGCUUUGCCUACCGCGUACAGCCUCGAAACCUGCUGCUGAUGGCGUGCCAUGGAACCAACGUGGUGGCACAGAGUAUUCAAGAGACCUGCUACCUGCUCUACCACAUAGACGGUGCCCAGAAGAAGACCCCCGCAGACUCUGCAGACCCUGCAGUGACCAGCUCCAGCCAGGCCAGACCUGCCCCGCUCCUCCAUCCCCCAAGUGAUUUUCUUAAAUGA